AUGUCGAACAGCCAGGCAGAGGGCCGUCGCGAAGACGCUCUGGUGAAGCAGCGCAACCAGAUGCGUGAAGAGUUCGAGCGACAGAAGCAGUCGCUCAUCCACGAGACCGAGAAGGCACGGCCGUCUGCGCACCGCUUUGUCGGGCAGAACGACUCGAUGGAGGAUACGCUCAAGCAGAGCACUGUUGGUCUUGUGAAGCUUGAGGAGUUCCAGCAGAGACGCAAGGAGCUCGAAGAGGCCAAAGCCCGUGAGGCAGCACGGACCAAUGAGCUCAAGGAUGAACAGAAGAAGGUGAAGAAGCGUAAGAAAGUCGCUAAGUCCACACUCUCGUUUGCCUUGGACGAAGAAGGCGGCGAAGACAGCGCAGGCCCGCCAACAUUCGAGGAUGCGGAUGGUGAAAAGCCUGCUAAGCGCCCCAAGUCGCGCAAGAACCCUGAGGUGGACACCUCCUUCCUUCCCGACCGCGAACGCGAAGAGCUGGAGCGCAAGCAACGAGAAGAGCUUAGGCAGGAAUGGCUCCAGAAGCAGGAGGACAUGAAGAAAGAAGAGAUAGAGAUCACCUACUCCUAUUGGGACGGAAGCGGCCACCGGAAGAGUGUAGUGUGCAAGAAGGGGGAUGACAUUGCAGCCUUCUUGGAGAAGUGCCGCCAGCAGUUCCCGGAACUUCGGGGCGUCAACGUCGACAACUUGAUGUAUGUGAAGGAGGACUUGAUUGUUCCGCAUCACUACACGUUCUACGAUUUUAUCGUGAACAAGGCUCGUGGCAAGUCAGGCCCGCUGUUCAACUUCGACGUUCACGACGAUGUCCGGCUGCUGGCUGACGCUACUGUUGAGAAGGACGAAUCACACGCCGGGAAGGUCGUGGAGCGGAGCUGGUACCAGCGCAACAAGCAUAUUUUCCCAGCCUCUCGAUGGGAGGUAUAUGAUCCCGAGAAGAGCUACGGCAAGUACACAAUUCACUAA